CAUAUGCCGUUUGUUCCAGACAAUUGAGUGGAUCUGGCUGAACAUUUCAGACCAGCCGAGUGAACGCCAUGCGGCAGGCUAUACAUAAUUAUGUAAGGUUUGUUAUGGGUGCAUUGCCUUAGAUGAGGAGUGCGGGGAGCCACCAGGUUUAGUCAUGUACUCUGUGUAGCCUAUCGUGCGUCUGUUGUUUACUCUCUGGGAAUGUACCAAAUGCACUCGCCGUAAAAUGCGCUUCGCGUUACAUCUUGUGAGAUGAAAUUUAAUAUGAGAUGAUUAGGACUACAAAUCUAAAAAUGGCUCUUGGGUGACCGGUUGUGAAUUUGGUCCGCAUUCUUUCCAGGUAGAGGGUGAAAUGGCUCUUGUAGCCUACUGUACAUCUGUCUAUGGGGAUGGCACUUAACCUAGUCGGGAUCCACCAGCACGCCUUUACAGGUGUGAAGCUCAUUGUGAGUGGGAGCUGCUGAUUGACUCUUGGGCACGACUAUUAUGUAUUGACAUGAAGAAGGACAUAGAGGUGCUGAUUGCAGAGGAAAGAGCAGCAAUCAUCAAUAAAUAUGAUAAGGGUCGAGAUGGGGGCGUGGAGAUUGACCCCUGGGAGGAUGCAGACUACAGCAUCUACAGAGCCACAGAUCGCUUUGGAUUCCUUCAUGAGGAGGAGCUGCCCACACCAAGUGCACUUGAGGAGAAGCAAAAGCAGCAGGAGAUUUUACGAGUGCAGAAAUGGCUGAAGAUGGUCAAGAAAUGGGACAAGUACAAAAACAGCGACAGGAUGGUGAGCCGUGUCUACAAGGGGGUUCCCCAGCAGCUGAGAGGGAAGGUCUGGUCUCUCCUCCUGGACGUGGAGAAGGUUAAGAAUGACAAUGUCGGGAAGUAUGAAGCUAUGUGUCAGCAAGCCAAACUGUUCUCUGGUGAGAUCAAGCAGAUCGACCUGGACAUCAAUCGGACCUUCAGGAACCACAUCAUGUUCAUGGACCGCUUUGGCGUCAAGCAGCAGUCUCUUUUCAAUGUUCUCUCUGCAUACUCCGUUUAUAACACGGAGGUGAGUUACUGCCAGGGUAUGAGUCAGGUCGCUGCCAUCCUGCUCAUGUACAUGAAUGAGGAGGAAGCCUUCUGGGCUCUCUCACAGCUGCUGACCAAUCAGAAACAUGCCAUGCACGGGUUCUUCGUCCCUGGCUUCCCCAAGCUGCAGCGCUUCCAGGCCCACCACGAGCAGAUCCUCUCCAAGCUGCUGCCCAAACUCAAGAAGCAUCUGGACCGGGAACAGAUGACCAGUGGGAUUUACAGCACUAAAUGGUUUCUGCAGUGCUUCAUCGACAGGACACCAUUCACGUUAACACUACGUCUGUGGGACAUCUUCAUCCUGGAGGGAGAGAGGGUGCUGACAGCCAUGGCUUACUCCAUCCUGCGCCUACAUAAAAAGCGUCUGUUGAAGAUGCCGCUGGAGGAUCUGAGAGAGUUCCUGCAGGAGACCAUCUCCUCCACCUUCCUCAUCAAUGACAACAUGGUGAUCGAGCAGCUGCAGGUCUCCAUGGCAGAGCUGCGCAAGAUGAAGCUGGACCUGCCCCCUCCAGCCAAACCAGAUGAGCUUCCACGUAAGCCUCUUGGCCUAGAGCUCCCCCUGGUGUUGACUCCGGUAGUGCCGGCCAAACGCAACCCAGCCAAUGCUGGACCUGAGGACGGCACCCCUCAUCAGUCGUCCCAGCAGGACUCGGGGGUGACUCACGACACCUCACCGGACGAGAAGCAUGCCCAGCAAAGGAUUCUGGGUAAAGACGGCGGCCCCUCUCCCUUACCCUCCCCGGACCCAGUGCUUGUGCACAGCCAGGCCCCCCCUCCGUACGAGCCGCCGGACAGUGAUGUCAUCAAAGACCCUUCGGACAGCAAGGGGUCGGACAGCGAGCUCCCCAAAGCCCAGCCGCCCCCCUCCCCGCCUGUGCGUAGCCCCUCCAGCACGUCCCAAUAUGAGAACCACCGCACGGACACCUCACCCUUCGUGCCGCCUCCACGGACCCACAAGAGAGGAGGCAUGCCCUCGGUUCAGUCCUCCCCACACCUCCCUCUCAGGGACAACUCCAGCACACAGAUGCCUAAAUCCAAAUCUCUCAAUUUCUAGUCGGAAAAAAGGCUUGUGGACAUUUUGUGACAUUUCAGUGUGCCAGAGCGUUAUAGAGUCUUAUGUGCAACAAACACAAUGACUAUGAAUGAAGGACUGCAGUCAUACUUUGUCAUAAUACUACACAAAGGAUUAGCCACGGUUUACAGUGGUCCGUGUUAAGUAAUGUCUUAUUAGGCAGAUGUUGUGCAUCUUCGGCUGAGCAGUCAGUGGAUUCUUUGUGCUUCCAGUCAGUGUUUUUGCUUUUUUUUCUCUCCUGUUAAAUUCCUGAAAAUUUGUAUGACUGUGCGUUCUCCAUUUAGCAAGUAACAUAAGCCUGCUUCAGCGGUGUUUAAAAAUAUGCUUCAUGACAGAGAUGAUUUAUCUCUCAUUUUAAAUCGUCCUUAUAUUUUCCGUGACGGUUAUUUCCUCCUAGGUCACAUGGCAUACGUGUGAUAUAAGCAUGUAUGGGAGGGGCUUACUGAUGUGGGCUGGACCCAGGACUCUCACGGUGCAUCUCAUGUGAAGGAGGGAGAUUUUUUUUUUUUUAAGUCCAAGAGGACCUUACAUAUUUAUGGCUUACUGAAAUGCUACAGAUUUAGAUUCUGCAUGAAAUACGAGGAGGGAGGUAACUUCUCAGCUAUAGGUACCUCUGUGCCCUAUGUUUAGGCUGGUGGACAGACGAGAUGUGGAAAUCCUGAUAUGGGUUGCCUCUUCUUGGGCUGAUAACACAGGACAUUUUAUUAAUAGUCUUUUCCACCUGAAGAGUUGUGUUCAUGGGGAUCCUUUGGUCCAGUGUGCUAGACUGAAUGUGUGGCAGAGGGACUCCUAGUUUGUCAGCCUGAUGCCUGCCUCUGUUUGGCAGGCAAAUGAAGGGACUGGGAGCUCUGUCAACAUAGGAACCUCUUCUGUAAAAGGUUAAUUAGAAAUUAGUGUUAAUAUAUCAGGUGCUUGCAGGUUUUUCCUGCCCAUAGGAUGUAGGGAUGUUCCCUUGUGCAGGGCUGUUUACAGUAGGUAAGACUUCUCAUGACUCACGAUGCACAGUCAAUGUUGCAGUGUUAACAGUGGUGGACAGUAACGAAGUAAAUGUAAUUCGUUACUGUACUUAAGUAACAUUUUCAUACUUUCAUACUUUACUCAAGUAUUUUUAUUUGACAAGACUUUAUACUUUUACUUCACUACAUUUCAAAGCGAAAUUUAGUACUUUCACUUCGUUACAUUUACAGAAACACUCGUUCCUUACUCGUUCCUUUUUUUUUUUUCAAUUUAAGGCGAUACACGGCAGGUGAAUUUAUUCAGUUUUAAUGAAAUCUGAGAUUUAACGCUUGUGUGAAGAAAGUGAAACUGAAUCCGAUUGGCAGACUCAGAGAUUCGCCAUUGUGAUUGGUUGUAAUGUGUCACGUGACAUUAAGCUCUACUGUACAGAAUUAGUUUUAGAAGGAAAGCGAGCAGAGCAAUACCACUGAUGUGUCCACUGUUGCGACUUGCGAGACGAAUUGAAAUAAGAAGAAACGGUACUUUCCAGUAACAUGCGGAAAGCACAGCAAAACAAUAAAGCAGGCGACAAUAACGUUGUUAUGUAAGGGUUAACGUUCGGCGAGAAGGUCGCUACCGUGGAAUAGCAGCACGACAGAGAGAAUCUUUAGACCCCGACGCGGAGCGGAGGGUUCUUGUUCUCUCUGAAGUGCUGCUAUUCCACAAAGCGACCGACUCGCCGAAAGUUAACCCGCUUAUUAUAUGGAUAGCCUAUACUUAAAUGAUUCACACAUGCGGGGACAUUUCUUUAGACCUAUUUAAUGUUAAGAUUGUUGCUGCGCAAAACAAAACAGUAGGCCUACCGUUGUGGAACACCGCUAGGCAACAGGUAGGCUAGCCAGGACAACAGGUGUUGUCUAUCACAGCAGCUGAUUAGAGUGACAAAAGACCGGACCCCCUGCGGAGUGAUAUGAAACAUUCGCUUUAGCCACUGACUUGUAUACAAGCCAGUGGCUUUAGCAGUGAACGUCUUGUUGCCAUUGACAGCGGUAGCCAGGACAACGGGUGCUGUCUAUCACAGCAGCUGAUUAGAGUCUUGUUGAAAAGUCGCUUUAGCAGUGAAAAGUCUUGUUGCCAUUGACAGCGGUCUGUUAUAGACCAACCCGUCCGUUAUCGAAAAAUAACAGACGUCCGAACGUUGGGGAGCCCCGUUGAAAUGAAUGGAGCAUUCGACAGAUGACGUCACAACCAUAUAAUAAAGUGUAUUAAUCUGCACGUCGUAUUCGUUGUGUGAGGGGGGAGAGGUUUAGCUCGCAUGCUGCACUCGCCUGACAAGACGAAAUUUGUCAGAUAGGCUAGGCUUCGCGUUUGAACUGAAUAAUCAGCGAAUUGAUACUUAAUGUAGGCCCUACUGCUUAUUUGACUUACUGCGCUAUGUCUGUGUUAUGGCUUACAAUUAUUGAGUCACAUAAUUGCCGCUUUUGUAGCGUGUUGGUUUCUUGAGUCAAGUAGGCCUAGGCUACGCCUAAACAUGCUGCUUAUUCCAAACCAUCCAGGCGCACAGCUCCGUGAUAGCAUUUCCCCCCCUCAAUACAUUGCAGUAUUUUCCGAAGUAGUUGGGGAUAUCAAUGACUUGUCUAAUAGACUCCCCUGUCACCAAAAAAAUGAUUUGCUUCAACUUUAUGGAAAAGAGGCUUGUGUAUAGGGUUUGUAUCUUUACAUGAGGAUUGCCAUGCCCACCAUAUGUUGCAAAGUGAGGCUGCAUGCAACAUGUAUCCUUGCAAUAUGUAUCCUUUCCCUUAAGUCAGGUCAGUAAGUGGAUAUGCAAAGCACUGGCAAUACCACCAAAGUGGUGUUGUAAAAAACAACAGCCUAACAAAGUUUUAAAAAAGGAGAAAAAAAGUGGACUUUGGCUAAAUAGUUGCCCAGUGAUGUGCACAUGCACAAAAGGCUUUUUCAUGAUCAGACAGAUAAGUGUUCCAAUUAAGUUGUAUGAAGUAGGCUAUUGCAAAUCAUUGGCAUCUAGCAAAUAGAGACCAUUACAAGUAUAUGAAGCUGUUCCUAUCUUUAAAGGUAGCUUAGAAUCGCAAGAAGUCUGUUUGUCCAUACAUAGGCCUAAGCCAACCUUAACAUAACCAAACACUACAUAAUACUAC